CCGCGACCCCGCCCCCGGAGCGGUUGGAAUUUGAAUCUGCGGCGCGCUGCCUGUGGGAGGCUGGAACCUCAGCCUGGCAUGGAGAGCCCUGGCCCCACCGCACGGUGCCCGGUGCGAGAGCAGCGUGCUCGUUGGGAGCGGAAGCGCGCCUGCACCGCCCGGGAGCUGCUGGAGACCGAGCGGCGCUACCAGGAACAGCUGGGGCUGGUGGCUACGUACUUCCUGGGGAUCCUGAAAGCCAAGGGGACCCUACGACCACCAGAAUGCCAAACCCUGUUUGGGUGCUGGGAGCUCAUCUACGGCGCCAGCCUAGAGCUCCUUCCCUAUCUGGAAGAAGGCCACUGGGGGCAGGGGCUAGAGGGCUUCUGUGAGCACUUGGAACUCUAUACCCAGUUUGCUGCCAAUGUGGAGAGGUCCCGGUCCACCCUGCAGGAGCAGCUGAAGAGGAGCAAACGUUUCCGGAGAUUCGUGCAGCUUCAGGAGGGCCGCCCUGAAUUUAGAGGCCUUCAGCUUCAGGACCUGCUCCCUCUGCCUCUGCAGCGGCUCCAGCAGUAUGAGAAUCUUGUUGUUGCUUUGGCUGAAAACACAAUUCCCAACAGCCCUGACUGCCAGCAGCUCACACGGGCUGCCCGCCUGAUAAGUGAGACUGCCCAGAAAGUCCACACUAUCGGCCAGAAACACAAGAAUGACCAGCACCUCCGGCGUGUCCAGGCCCUACUCAGUGGACGCCAAGCCAAAGGACUGACCUCAGGACGCUGGUUCCUACGCCAGGGAUGGCUUUUGGUGGUGCCUGCCUCUGGGGAGCCUCGGCCCCGAAUGUUCUUCCUUUUCUCUGAUGUGCUCCUCAUGGCCAAGCCUCGCCCCCCAUUGCACCUGCUGAAGAGUGGCACCUUUGUCUGCAGGGCCCUCUACCCCAUGGCCCAUUGUCAACUUUGCAGGGUCUUUGGUCAUUCAGGAGGACCUUGCGGUGGACUGCUCAGUGUAAGUAAUAGUGAGGGCUUCAGCCUGAAUCGAUUUGAACCACACACUAAGAAGUGGUCUCUCCCUAGCUGUCCUUCCCCCAUGAGAAGCUACUGCUUAUGUCUACUGACCAGGAGGAGAUGUCACAUUGGUACCACAGUCUGACUUUGGCUAUUAGAAGCCAGAAGAGCUAGAUUUGCAGGCGUGUCCAACCUUUUGACACUGCAACAUGACACUGUCACCUACAAAUGUGUUAGGCUGCAUUCAGCUAUCCUGGGAUACAUGCAGGGGUCAGACAUGUCUGAGAAGAAUCUUACACUUUCUAGAACUCAGGAUACUAGGUCAGAGCCAAAAGCAAAAGAAAUAUUCUUCAGCUCUGGAGCAAAAUACGGAACCCCUCCCACAGUUUGACAAGGCUCAUUUUGUGUCUGCCAAGCUACAUGGACCAUUUGACUAGCUUUUAAGUAUCAGGAAAACCAACUUCAACCCCAGUGAGCCUCAGCUGAACCAGCCCUUCUAACACCAAUGAGGAGACUUGGGACUGAAGCUCACUGUUGCCUGUGGUCAGAUGUCUAGUUUGCAGCUUAUUUUUUUUUUUUCUUUUUGACAGGGUCUCCCUGUAGACCCCACUGUCCUGGAACUCACUAUGUAGACCAGGCUGGCCUUGAACUCACAGAGAUCCACCUGCCUCUGCCUCGUGAGUGCUGGGAUUAAAGGCAUGCACUACCACGCCCAGCAUUUGCAGCUUUUUAAAGGAGGGUAUUUUGAUGCUGUGUAUAGUUUUUCUGUUUAAUUUUUGAGACAGGGUCUUGCUAUAUUGGCCAGGCCUGUUAAUUUGAGUUCCACCUGCCUCAGCCUCUCAAUUGUUGUGAUUUCAGGUGUAUGCCACCAUACCCAAUCUUUACAUAUAGUUUCUUUCUCUUUCUUUCCAUCUAUUCUUUUCUUUGAGACAGUCUCAUGUGGCCCAGGCUGGCCUUGAUCUCCCAAACUACCUCUCAUAUUGUAUAAUUUCUAUAAUUUAUUUUCUCACUGGAUUUUAAUAAAGUGCUUUUGUUAUGUUUUCA